UCCUUGGUUGUCCUGCACAGUCUUACAAGCAAUGGUAAUACUGAUGGUGGGACUAUCGACCUAGACAUGCGUAUCGGUGAAUACAAACGUAUAUACGGAGAAGAUUACGAUGACAUGCAAGCUGUAUUCAAAAUAUGGUCGAAUUUGUUAGACAGGAUAUUGAGAAGAUUUGCGGAAUUAUCAGACAACGAGCAGAUUUUGACGAAACAGACUGAUGUUGUAACAUAUUAUGCCUUGGACCGUUCGCAAUUCGUGAUGAAACGAAAAACUCAGUGUCCUUAUGGACACGAACUGUACCCAAAAGACAAUUGGAAUAUGAUAUGUGUUCCGUGUCACAGGGAUACGUCGUUCACAUUGGUUGGUCAGCGUAAAAAGCGCUGCAUUCGAACAUUGAGGAGAAUGAAAGCGAGAAACAAAAUGAACUUGCGUUUGCUGAGCAACCCGUAAACUAAAGGCGAAGACUACGGCAUGGCAGUCUAUAUUCGACACAUUAAAGAUGUGUACAAACUGUAGUUUACCUUCGUUUGGCAUCAUAUUGAGACCAAUUUAUAUAAUAACCUCAAGUUUGCGAAGACAUUUACCAGUUUAUAUCCAAGAGUCAGAAUGGCACUAAGACAAUGAUUGCGCUGCCUUUGAAAAAUGUAAAGUUAUUAUUAAAGAAAAUGAGAAGUAAUGAUGACAAGGAUGAUGUGAACACAAUUUAAUCAGAGUACGGGGAUAAUGCAUGUAGCGCAGAAAUAAUUACAAUCUAUGUAAGCCUAUGUAAAUGACGUUUAAUGGGAUUGGAAUGGGAUUUCAAAAUGUUGCCUAAUAUUAGAACGAUGUCACAAAAAUGUAUAAUACAAAUAUUUGAUUCUAUUAAGGUGAAUACCUGUGCAUC